AUGCCGUCACUGUGGGGCUAUUGUUUAGAGUAUCCGCCUUGUGCCAUAUCUGAUUCUAACCGAAGCUUUGUUACAAACAGGGUUGAUAGGGGCACUCUGAGUCGAAAGGAGCUAAGAAGCGGGACAAGAGUGUUAGUGGAAACGGAAAUGGGAAACCGUCGCGAGGUGUCGCUACCUCUUUCGGAUUUCGUCGGCGGCCGGCCAGCACUUCACGCGCUGACGACAACUCCCGACGGAAGAAGGCACAGGAUAAGAAUGGAAACGGAGACUGUCUUAUCCUAUAGGUUCGGUUUCAGGCAGCCCCACCCGAAGACGGCGAAGGUUGGUGACGUGGGCAUGGUGGCGGAACAAGCUUUCAGUAUCAACGGAAAAGAGAAGGAAACUAAUAUGUACAACAAUAAUGCUUUAGAUAAAAAGAGUACAAAUUCGUACAGCAACCAGUUACCAUUGAUGGCAACUCAAGUUACAUCCACCGGGGUGACAACAGUGGUAGGGGCGGCUGGCGUGCCCAAGGCGGUCACCAAGCAAACUGUCAUCCUCACCUAUCAGCCACAGCAAUAUACGGCACAGGAUGGAAGAACCAAAUCGGGCCCUGGUGCUCGUGCACCAAUACCUCGAAUGCAAAGUGAAACCCAAAAGCCUCCAGGCAAAUAUACCUUCCAAACUAAUCAACUGCCCCGACCUCAGUAUCCCGCUGUCAAGAAUAUAGACCCGAAAGCAGCAAAGCAGGUGGUGAAUAACACAAGGAGGGCCGGUGCUAACGAAGGAUGGAGAGAAGGUACGAGUGCCGGGUCUGCAGUGUCAAGUGACUCCGGCGUGUGGACUGGGGGCGAAGGGGUGGGGGAAUUGUCUCCGCGCUCGCGCCGGCGUCCGCGCAACUUGGAGAUGGUGAUGCGCGGAGCUCACAGUUUCCAUCUCAGAGAGUUACAAGUUGCAGACUUGGACAUUAUGGAUGACGCUGUAGUAACUGGCCACACAGUUAUACCUUUACCAAAGCUACCCAGUUCUUUCGACGAUGAGCUGUCUCCAGAAUAUGAAACUCCUGUCCCCACCUAUAAACCUCCUUCUCCCAUACUCCCGAAACCAGCACCGGCAGAGAUACAAAGACAAAGUCCUAUGUCAACACUGGAGCGAUACAGGACAAGAACCAGGCCUAAUAGGAUCCAGACCGCUCCUGAUAAAGACGAAGAAAAGUUUGUGUUGGAUAGGGCACAACCGGAAUUACUUAAUAAGCAGAACUCGUUCAUAAAAUCGUCUAGUGGGCUUGUGUCCCCAACUACUAUCAGCUCUAGUAAGGAAUCUAGUCCAUCCUGCAAGAGUGAGGAAAGUCAUUUUGGCAACAGCAGCGCUUGGCAAAGCCACGCUGCCGGAGAAGCCAUGGCUACAAGAUCACAAGAUGAUGUGUCUAUAGCCUUAAGCGUAUCAAGUUGCGAGGACGAGAAGUCCAAGUUGGAAAUGAAGGAACCCCCAAAACCAGCUGAAUUGGAAAUCCCCAAAAAGACGAUCGUCAUAAUGGACGAACCCCCGGUACCGCAUCCUCUUCUCAUGAAGUCACUAACACUAAGUCAGCAAGAUAACUUGCGCAAUAACAUGAUGGGUUCGAUGACCAGUUCAAAUUAUAGUACCACGAGCACGUGUACCAAUCAAAGUGGCGAUCACCACAAUCUAACUCUCACUCUCGAAGAGUCCAAAUUCGAUAUGUCCGCUCUAGAAACUUCUACACAAAGCUUACUCGAUGACGAAACUUCACCUGCAGACAGUCUCAUAUCUUCUACCAGCACUAGUGAUUCGAAUAACGAUCUGCAAGUGGAGAGAGACGCACCAUCAAUAUCAUCGGCUUAUCAAACUGCUAACACAAAGACAAGGACACCAGAUCCGAUUGUAGAACCAAUUGGUGGAGUGGAUGGAGAAAUAUUACAACCAGUACAUGAAAUUCAUGAGGUUCACAGUAAUGGUGGCAGCAAGGAAGGCAGCAAAAAUGCUUCCCCUGAUACGCCCGGGACACCAACACAUGCAUCAGGGUCACUUUCACUUUCUGACGGACGGGACUUUUUUGACGAUGAAAUCGCAGAUCAACCUGCUUUGCUUUUCCGAAAAAAUAAUGACGGCAGCAAUACAAUGAAUAAGGAAACAGAAGCGAGCAGGCAGUUAAGGAGGUCACGGGAGCGAAUAACUGCUACUGCUAGUCCACUAGUUCAGAGAAGCCGAAAAUUAUGCAGUGGUCGCAAUGGUGGUACUGAACGGACACCUUCUUUAGACACGCUGUCAAGCCUCGCGUCUGACGAUCUUAUGAUGGACAACGAUCUCGCACAAUCAAUCACCAGUCUACAAAGUGUGGACGACUACAUUGAAAGGUUGGAUAGCUCGCUGCGUAGCGGUCUUAACUCGCUGGACGAGAAGCAACUACGGCAGGAAUUGUCAUCUUCCAAGAACGCAGUGCGGCAGUGGAGUCAAUUGUUAGAGCAAAAUAACCUACUUGAUCGGCAGCUUGCUGCUAUGGCGCAGGGCAAAAGUACUGCUGACUCGUUGACGGCGAGCAACAACAGUCUCACCAGCAUCGGGUGAGUUAAACCUUUAUGUAC